UGUGUGUGUGUAAUAUAUGAACAAUAUAUAUACAUAGAUAUAUAUAAUAUAUAUAUAUACAUAUGCAUAUACAUGUACACCUAUCAAAUUAACUAUACAUUAUGUACCUAUAGCGUAUAGUCGUUAUAAUGAGAGAAAGGAGAAGAACAUGAGAGCAAGAAAAUGUGAAACGUCGCGUAUAAAAUAUCUGACUUGAUACGGAUUCACAGAUGUUGAGGAAAAAAAAAAUACCACAUGUCUCUAGGAAAAUAGAGAGGAAAAUGAUGAAAAAAGAAAAACGCUAUUGUUUCUUUCGACCGCGACUUAUAUAACGCCGAUUUCGAUGCGUUUCGUGCAAUAAAAUUGCGGAGGGAACUGCGAAGAUGGUAUGCGAUUCAUCAUACUCGGCGUGUACGACGAAUUGGCCUACGUUGGCGGAUGUGCUGCUUCCUCGUCAUACAUUAUAUUUCUCGAGAGAUAUGAUGCGAACAGCACCUGUAGUGCUUGCCAAAUUAAUCUCGCGUACCAUAUUUACUUUUCGGAACAGCGUAGGUACUUACACCGCACCUUACAGUCGAACCUCGUACGAUGAAUAAUUGUACUCCGUCGCGAGCAUGCAAAACGGUUGCAUUUAAUCAACGACAGUUUGUCUUCAUCAUUUAUUAAUGUGAACAGUGAUACUUCGUAAAGUGAACAUGUAAUUCUCGCUCUUUUGGAACUGAACUCUGUAAGAGUUAGUGUACUACGUUUUUCAAAGGUUUUAUAGUGCAGAACAAUGUUGAAAUACACAGGUUCGACUGUAUACGAUUCUAGAAUUCGGGAAACGAAAUAAAGGUAUGAAUCCCUUAGACGAAGUGUCGAGGUUGAAGAACGAUAGAGGGGAUACGAUAAUAACAUUAUUUCGACGAUAAUAUAAACAGCGGGGAUGGACUUGCGAGGAAGGCUAUCAUCAGUAUUAAAAAACGAGAAGCUUGAAAAGCCCCUUCGAAGCAUAUCAGUUUUAUUAGUCUGCUCGUUUCGCGAUAUACAUAACAUAUAUUCUAGUGUUUCACCGUCACUGUUUCACUUCAAGAUGUUGUGAAUUUGCAUCGAGCCACCCUCGUAUAAGUUUAAGAAUUGAUUUUUGUAAAGAGGUAAUAAAUAUUUACCGUGGUAAUUAAACUUUAGCUUAAAAGAGAGGAAAAGGUAACUGGGUGAGAGAAUAAGGAAGAGAGGAAAAGGGAAACAAAAAGAAAUGGAGGAAAAAAAAAUAAUACGUCCUUUGCGUAGCGGUUCGGACAUAGAAAUCGGUGAAAAAUGGGGAUAAUAACGGAACUAAACUUUAUUUUUGCAGUGGUUUCGGUAUAACAGGUCGAUUUCUUACCAUUCUAUCAAAUCUUCCGCGUCUUCGAACGAGUGCAAUAUUUAAUGAUACUCGUGUAUUCACACGCCUACACAAAACUGUAUUGAAAAUAGUUUUCGAUCUUACGUACUGCAUUGAUUGGUAAUCAGACAAAGCAUUUAGCUUGCAGACAGCAAGCACCCACUCGAUAUCACCUUACCUUUACGUUACCAUAAGCGUUGUCUAACGUUUGUUCUUUAUUAACAGCUGAUUGAUAAAUGAUCCGCAUCGAACUGUUUGAUAAGAGUUGAUAUUUUAUAAUGAGUAAUAGCCACUUGGUCGUGGCGAUUAAGAAAUAAACAAGAUUAACAAUGAAGCGCGAUUCGGAUCAAGAACAUGCGAAUUAACAUCGACUUUGAUUUUGCCUUUUAAAUUUGUAGGAUCGGAAACUACGCGUCCGACUAUACAGAACGUUUCUGCGACCGUUCUUCGAUGAUUAGCAAAGUUACUAACCGGAGGAUUUCAAAUGACUACUCCUGAGUAAUCCCUCUUUAUCUCCAUCACACACAAGGAUUUCUCCUCGCCACUCACAAAUUUUAUCGCAUUAAAAUACACUCCGUGAAAAGAACGUAUUGUGUUUGUGGAUAUAUGUAAUUUUACUUAUCAAUAAAUAAAUUACAAAGAUCCAGUUUCAUGUCGCCCACUUGUUCUUUAUACUUUAAUAUCCAUGAAAAAGUAAUGAUAAAUAGAGUAUUCGCGUAAUACGGAAGUGAAUCAUUAACACUUGGCUGUAUAGCGAUAACGUACUAAACGCGUACAAUUAUGCCAGAUAUUAAAAUUCUUCAAAAAUAUUUCUCCAGCCAGAUUAUCGCUGGCGUGUGCAUAUACAUAUAUAUCAUUAAUGAUGCAUUUAUUCACUGAGACAGUUGCUCAACAUUGACUACGCGGGCGAGUAUAAAUUAUUUAUCGGUCUGACGAAAUAUAAUCAGACCGCGUUUGUGCUUUAACAAAUAACGGAGCGCAAGUACGGAUAAUGUCUGAUUCCGCGUUUGUUAUUUAUUAUAAAAUAAUUGACUAAAAACUGAUUGUCAAAUGACUAAACCAAAAGCAGCUCAGAUGUCACUUGAGGAUGACUUCGAUAGACCAUUCGAAAAUGUUGAGCCCUUGCAGUGGGGUGCAUUACGAGAAUUAUGCCAUGCCAAUACAGAGUACUUCAUGUCUCAUCAGGAUGAAAACAGCGUUAGAAUCAGAGCUGCACUUACGGCAAUACUGGAUCAUUUGGUACAGUUGCAACCAUUAUAUAAAGAGAUCAGCAGGAUUGCACCAUUGUUCGAUUUGGAUCCAGAAACACCUGGCAACGGGUAUAGAAGUUUUCUAAUUCUGGUAGAUAAAGGCAUCAUGCAUUCGCGAACAGAGUGCCACCAAAUCUAUUGUCAAAAGGAUUCUAUAUUUUUCCGUAAAACUUAUCACAUGAGGGAAAUCGAGGCCUGUUCACAACUACUAGCAUCUUUAUGCACUUGUUUAGAGCAUUUACAAAUGCUAUACUCGUGGAGUAGUUUAGCAAGCGAUGGGAGACCGUCUCUCUUUAUAGCUGAUGAUCAUAGUUCUUAUGAGAUGUUAAAUAAAAUGGACACUGUUAAUCAAUAUUGUUUUUAUGGCAGAUGCUUAGGCUUUCAGUUUUACGAGAGCUUGAAACCUACUCUAAAAGUGCUAAUGGUCGCUAUGGCCACCUUCAGCGAAGCGUAUUAUGCUAAUGGUACUUUGUUAGCAAGGUGCACUAAUUCUGUCAAAUAUAUGUUAGAUCCCGAACUAAGAGCACGUCGUAUCGUCGAUGUGUCUCAACACGCUGAUGUCUCGUUUUGUCAAGCCUUCUGGUUCCUUAACGAAGCUGUUUGUACAAACUAUGUUUUAGACCUAGCGCGCGUAUCUAUCAUGGCGUCUACCUCCUUGGCAAUAAACCAAAUAAUUUCAAUUCCACCCGAAGAGUUGAUAGUCCCGACGUUAAGCGGAUCGACCGUGUCGAUUCCGAUACCCAACAGUCAUAUCGGAAAGAAGCCAAUCCAUGUCAGACUGUUGAGUUCCAAACGUCGGGAAGGAAUGGUUGGUUCAGGUGGUGUAGGAGGUGAACUGCAAGGCUUGUCCGACGAAUUGAUAAUUCAUUGUCACGGAGGCGGUUUCGUCUCGCAAACGUCCAUGUCUCAUGAAACGUACUUACGUAAUUGGGCCGUGAACCUGGGUAUGCCUAUACUAAGUAUAGAUUACAGUUUAGCGCCCGAAGCUCCGUUUCCUCGCGCGUUGGAGGAAGUGCUGUACGCGUACGUUUGGGCCUUAAAUCAUGCGAGUACAUUGCUCGGAAGCAAAGCACAGAAAAUACUAUUAGUUGGCGAUUCUGCAGGGGCCAACUUAAAUUUGGGUGUUACCUUAAAAUGUAUGCAAUUAAACAUCAGAAAACCUGAUGGAAUAUUUAUGCUGUACACACCAGUUCUCGUUGACUUUAUUUUGUCACCUUCGCGGCUACUCUGCGUUACGGACCCAAUGUUACCAAUGGGAUUUCUAUUGCGUUGUUUGAAAGCGUACGCUGCUACGGAUAGUAUUAAGAAGAGUGCACGAGAAAAGGAACAGGAUGCUGCCGAGUGUGCAAAAUCAGACACGGAAUCGUUCGCCGAAGUGAGCGAAAGCGACUUGAUAGCUUUAGCUCUCAGCCCUAAUGGAGAUGAGACAAACGAUGCUCACAAGUUAGCGUCCUUACCGUCUGAUUCCACUUUGAAUUCUGUCACUUUGACAGAAGCCGAUGGAACCGAGCAUCUACAGGAAGAAACGAAAUCUCAAGACUACGUAAACAAAUUUGUAGAACUCUACCGAAAUUGCGGCACGAACAACUCGAAUCAUAUUGGAAAUGGCACUAUCGCUACGGAUAAAGAUGUUCCAAGGAACGGAAGGCCUUGGUCUUUGUUCGGUUGGUCUCUGACCGGGAGGCACAGGGAGUCUAGGGAAUUGGAUAUGGAACAUGCAAAGAGCCCUUUAGAAGAAUACAUCUUCACUGUGCCCAAAGAUCCAUAUUUGAGCCCUUAUCUCGCGUCGGAUAAUCUGCUAGCUCAAUUGCCGCCCGUUAAACUGAUGACAUCAGAGCUGGAUCCAUGUCUUGACGAUUCCAUCAUGUUCGCUAGGAAACUUCGGUUGCUCGGUGUAUUAGUUUCGCUUGAUGUAUUGCCAGGUUUACCGCAUGGGUUUCUUAAUUUAGUCCCGGUGUCGAAAGAAGCCGCAGAUGCGUCGGAAUUGUGCGUGAAGAGAAUGCAGGAGCUACUGGCAUUAGCAAUAUAACUGCAUACGGAAAAUACUCAUUGAACUUAACGUACGGGAACAAAAGGAUUCGUUGCUAUUGUCGCAUUUUUCUUUCAGAUGUUGGCUUUAAUUAAUUUUUUAUGUACAAGGACAAAUGAUGAUAUGCAACACCCAGGAGAGGUUUUAAUGUACCGGUAUGUAAAUGUGAUCGCUAUGUUUCUAUCUACACGUAUUUUAUAUUAUAUACACUUCACUCAUAUUUGAUUAAUAUUUAAUAUAUAAUUCGAAGCCAAAUAAUCUCAAAAUAUUGUACUUAAAUGGUACAACGUUGAUAUGCUAAUAUCUUUGUAUUAUGUUCACUGAAUGUGCAAUCACAGAAGCAUUGUAGCUUUCGAUUUUCUACGGUAAACAAGUUUUUAAACGAAAUAAAGAGACUGUAGAUAAUAAGUUGGUUGUACAAAAUAUUUGAGAUUGUUUCAGUUCUCAGCGUACAAAGUACUGUCCAAUGUUUUAUGCAGCUGACGCAAAUUAAUUAAAUGUACUCGGCGUAAAUAAACUAUUAUAUAAAUGUGA